AGUGCCUAGUGCGAUGAAGCGGCCACGUUGCGGCUACGCCGAUUCGAACGAGGAGCGCGCAGAGAAAGUUCACGCGUUCAUUCAGAGUCUGCACUUUUCUGUUCCACUCUACCGCCUGCGCGAGCAGCACGAGCGCCGCGAGUGCCCCAAGUGCCACAAACGCCGACUCUUCUACUGCUACGACUGCCUCACGGUCACUCAUCCCGAGUCGCACCCGCCGCCGCUGGUGCUGCCGCUCAAUGUGUAUGUGGUGCUGCACCCCAAUGAACUGCGUGGCAAGAGCACCAGUCUAGCCGCGUCGACUAUCUCGCCUGACAUGCACAUCGUUGAGUACCCUUCUGUGCCGGAGCAGCUGGAGCCAGAGACGACGCUGGUGCUGUACCCGAGCGAGCAGAGCGUGGGGCUGCACGAGGUGGAGCACCUGGAGCGAUACAGGAACGUCGUUUUCAUUGACAGCACGUGGCAGCAAAGCAAGGCGAUCGCGCGUGAUGAACGGGUUAGUAAGUUUAAGCACGUACGCAUCAAGUCGCAGACGUCGCUAUUCUGGCGGUUUCAGAACAACGACCCCACGUACUUGGCCACGGUGGAAGCGAUCUACUAUUUUCUGCGAGAGUACAUUACACAGGUUAACAAAGUCAAGGCAUUGAAGGCGUCUGUCGAGCCAAGCGCAAGUGCGAGUGCCGUCGCGUCGUCGGGGAAAGUCACCGGCGCCGUUGACACCCAGAAGAAGAAAAAUGACGCUAGUGAUGAUGACGAGGUCAGCAACAACGCGUAUUAUCGCGGGGAGGUGGACGACCUCCUCUACUACUACAUCAACCAGUACAUCGGCGUGCAGCAGCGCUACACGAACGGUGCGCUGAACAAGUACACCGAUCGUCACUUCAGUGGGUACAUUCUCGAGAGCGCUGUGUGGGAUGACUUGGUGGCUCCAACAGCGCCUCAAGACAUCCCUAAAAAGACCCCGGAGAACACCACUGAGUAG